AUGAUAGUUAUUAAAUCUGAGGGUACUCCAAACCAGAAACCACAAUCAACAAAUACUUCGAAUAAUGAUUCUAUGACAAAAUCCUUUUCUAAAGCACUUAAUAGUGACAAUACUAAUAUGGAUAAUGCAGCUAAUAAGCAGAUACAAGACACUGUCAAUAAUGAGAAUAAUGUUGUCAGCAACGUGACAACAACAGUUUGCACAGAUCCAGAUCAGAAAAUAACAAAACCAAUGGCAAAAAAACAGAUUAGAAAUAGGUUGUCAUUUGUUUGUCAAGCAUGUAGAAAAUCAAAGACCAAAUGUGAUAGAGAAAAACCUAAAUGUACAAGAUGUGUCAAAAUGAACAUUGAAUGUGUCUAUGAUGUAGCCAAACAACCCAGACCAAGGAUCCCAAAUAAAGACGCCACUAUUGCUAAGUUAGAAAAAGAUGUAUUGUAUUGGCAAAAUAAAGCGAUGAAACUUUUAAAUCAACAAGAAGAAAUAUUGCACUCGUUAAAAGAUACACAUAUUUCGAAUAAUAACAAUAACAGCAUUUUAAGUCAUAAUCCUACUACUACCAAUAAUAAUAAUUCCAAUGUAAAUGCUCCCAACACUUUACCUUUCAUACAGAUGGCCAAAAAUGUCAAUAAUAAUGAUGAUGAUUAUUUAAAAGAUAUAGAAAUAAACUUAUACAAAGACCAUCCAACAAUGAUACUUAGCAAAGUGUUGAAACAUGAUGUUAAACCAUUAUCAGAAAAUUACAUUAUCAUUCAAGACAGAUUUAUGGCUUGUUGUAUAGCAUCUGCAUUUAUGUCGCAAAAUUCUAACUCUAUGAUUCCAGCAUUAACUGCAAAUGCAAACAUAUCUAGAGCUAAGGAAAGUGUUAGGAAUAAUGUUGCAAAAUUGAAAAAUAUUCUCAUGAAGCAGUGUACAGACCCUGCAAGAAGAGCCAGAAUUGAAGAAUUUACCGAUAGAAUCCUAGAAAAUACAAAUUCCUCUAAAAGUUUGAAGAUUGGAAUGAUCCUUUCUAUGUUAUAUAACACUGUGGGUCAUCAAUAUUUGGAAGAUUACUGUACAUCAAGCGACAACUAUUCUGACCUUUUAAAAUUAUUUAUCCAGGAAUUUGAGAGGUUAUUACCACCGUAUGAAAUCAUUCAAAGUUACAAAAAACAUUUCUAUCAAUAUGUUUACCCUAAUUUGCCUUUUUUACAGAAGGAAAUUUUUGAGGAAUCAAUAUCUCAAACUAUAACCCGUAAUCCUGAUGACCCUUCCAAGAUCAAGUUAAAUUUAGGAUGUAAUCAUUUGAGAGACAAAAUUGAAAAUUUAUCAAUUUUAAUGGUAAUUUUGAAGUUGUCUUAUGUUUCUUUGAGAGCAAUCAUAAACUAUGACGAAAAAGAUGAUUCUGGUAAAAAUGUUACGGGUAAUAAAGAUUUGUCAUCAUCUAUGCCUAUAUUUGUAACACAGGAGCAAAUUAAUAAAUAUCCAAUAUCAAAUGAUUUUAUAUUAAUAGCGCAAAGGUGUUUAGCGUCAGAAAAUUGGUUUGCCUGUGCUAACGAAAAUAUCAUUACAUGCUUAUUAUUUAUUUGGUCUUUUUUUGCAUUUUCUCCAGAAGAAGGUGAUUUUUUCUUAGAGCAUCCAACAGAUAUAAUUAGCAGUCUAAUCAUGAUGCUCUCUACCUCAAUAGGGUUACAUAGAGACCCGAGUGAUUAUGCUCAACUAAAAGAGCCCUCUUUAUCAGAUCAAAGAUUGCUAAAUCAGAGAAGACUUUUAUGGGUCUCAGUAGUAGGCAUUUGCUCCUUUGAAUCCACUUUGAAAGGCAGACAUCCUCUACUUUCUUCAGACCUCAUGUCGUCGUUUCUCGAUACAAAGGCCACUAAUAGUAUUAAGCAUUACAUGGAGAGAGUAUCAUUAGAUAUGACAGGUAAUGAAGAUGAGCUUUUAAUUAAAAUUCAUGAGUGGACUGUUAAGAGGGCACAGUUAUCAUUAUUACUUGCUGAUUUGGACAGUAUUACUAUGUAUUAUAAUGAUACAUUUUCUUUACGGUAUCUAGAGCUUUCUAGGGAAAAAAUUGAAAUAUUUGUAGCAGAAAAUUUUCCAUUACUGGAGUUAGAAAAGAGAAAGACUAAAAAUAAUAAGAAAAAUACAGAGGAUUUUAAUCCACAUUCAAUUUUAAUAGCUAAUAGAAAUUCCAAUGCACUACAGAGUAUUUUAAUAUCAAAAUUAAUGUUUCUAAGAACAUCAGCUGCCAUAUAUCUUCAUUUUGAGGUAAAAAGUCUAGAAGACUCUUCUUUACUACCAUAUUAUUACAAAUACUUAAUACAAACAGCUAGUGACUGUCUAAACUUAAUUAAAGUCAUCAACGAUUUUUUUAGUGAUGAAUACCACGAUUACAUAUAUAAAUCUAAUUCAUUUAACAUCACUAAAAUAAUACAAUUAGCAUUGCCUACUGCAUUGUUCACUUUAAUUGGUGUCAUUAUAAGAUUAACUCUAACAAAUAAUAAUAUUUUCAAUGAUUUUCAAACUAAUAUUAAUAAUUAUACUUUUCACCAGAAAGCAGAAUUAAACAUGAGAUUUGAACAUACAACAUUUAUUCAAAGAGAGUUAGAAAAUACACUAGAGUGGGUGUAUGCCUUUGCUUCAAAGAAUCUCAGAUUUACAUAUUUUUCUAUUUUCAAGUUAUUUGCAGUAGGCGAUGUUGUGUUACAAAGAAUACGAAAUGGUGAAAUAUGGCAAGGUAUCUGUAAACUUUCUAAGUUGAAGGGUCUACAAACUAAAAUAACUAAAAAUUUAAGAAUGACAUUAGGUGUUAAUAUAGAGCAAGGUGCAGAUUUAAUACAUGAUUUAGAGAGAAGAAAUUUUAUUGAAAAAAUGCCUGUGAGGGAAUUAGCUAAGUUAUGUAAAAUAAUUCAUGAUAUACAUUUAACCAUAAAAAAACCCUUACCAGUAUUUGGGGAAGACCAAAAAUUAUAUGCUCCACCUUCUGUUCAAUUAACUUUAGAAGGUCAAUAUCUCCGCCCUUCCCUCGGUUCUACUAGUGCAAGCGUGCCAACUACUACUGCGUAUUAUAAUUAUGCUAAUAUUCCAUAUAAUCAAUUUUCAAUUACAUCUCUUCCAGUAAAUAACAAAAACAUGCAUUCACAGUAUCCCUAUAAUAGUCAGGCCUCAACGUUUACAAGUAACUCAAAUCAAUAUCAUAUUGAUCCACAAAUACAGUCAGUUAUGUUAGUGAACCAUAAUAGCCCACAUAUGUUAAAUUCAAUGACUCCUGUACCGGAAAAUAACAAUGUCAAGUCUUUUUCAGGAGCAGUGAAUCAUAACAACUUUUCUCCUUCUAUAAUAAAUGGACAUUUACCUCCACUAAAUGCACCUAUUCCUUCUUCAGCGAUGAAUAUCAAUAAAAACAUUCCCAAUUUUACGACAUUUUCCCAUGAAUAUAAUACUACUAAUUUCAGCAAUUCACCUUAUAAUAAUCCUAAUAUUUCUGGUGGCCAGCUUCAAAAAAACACUAAUAUAUCUAAUUUAAUUGUUAGCAAUAAUGGAAUUCAAAAUGGCAAUGAUUCGAGUAAAUAUAGUGGAUUCUCUAUUAAUGAAAAUAUGGCCAAAGAAUUUUUGGAACGAACAAAGCCUUCUAGUGAAGCAUAUCAAGAUGAAUUUUUUGACGGUUUUGAUCUCUUUGAUUAUGACUUUUUAUUUGGUAAUGAUUUCUCUUGA